AUGAAACAGCGGCAAGAACAUCAGAGACAGCAACAACAACUGCAGAACUGGCUGCUGCAGCAACAGCAGCAGCACGCACAGCCGAAUGGUCCGCGGGACCGGGGGCCCGUGUACCAGUCGCGGCAUCGACACCACACGGAGCUAGAUUCGGAUGAGGAUGAGGAUGACGAAGAGGGUGAACUUACAGCCGACCGUGUUCUUGAAGAGGACGACGAACCGGGGUGUAAGGCGGGGAGAGCUGACGAGGCUUCACCGGAGCGACCCUGGCGGGGAGAGGCGGCCAGUGCGUCGGAUCUGGGGAACCUCACGGCUGAUGAGAAAGCGGUACAGCAGCAAACGCAUGGCUCUGAACACGUACAGCCGGCAUCGUGGGCGGGGCGUCAGCUGACCUCCAUUAGCAGCGGCCUGUGCAAUGGCAGCGGCCGAGGCGAGAAUAGCCACAGAGGCCCGGUGGCGGGCGGCGGGGGUUGCCAUGAUGGCGCUUCUGCCGCCAUUGGGGCCCGGAAGGUGGGCUUUGCUGGGCGGUUUAAGGCCUAUGGUGAUGGUGCGCGUGGUCCUAUGGAGCGUCGGUUGCCUGUUCCCAAGGUUACACCAGACGCGGUUGUGGCCUGGCAGGAGCAUGAUGAGAAGGCCGACGCUGGAGGGUUGAGCGGCCAUUCUGGCGAUGACGAUGAGGGCUGGGACGCGGAGGAGGGCGUGGGGCCCAGCCGGCGCCGCACUGCUGCGGCGGCGGUAGCCGCGGCAGCUGCAACUGCAGCAGGGGUGGGGACUAAGCGCACGUGGAUGGAGUCCAGCGUUGGGAACGGCGGUGGCAGUGGUCUUGGAGCCGACGGCACCGGCGAGGCCGAGGAGUCGCACCUGCAGCAACAACUGCUGCAGUGGGAGGCUGCCAUGAACGCAACUCGCCCGACACCUCUGGUGCUACGGCACUUGGCAGAAGAGCUGCAGGUUUACCAUAGCCGCUCCGUGGCCGUCGCUGCGGUGGCGGCAGUGGCGUCGACCGCUGAUAUGCAGAAGCCGAGAGGCUACCCGGGGCGCAUGGUGUGCUGA